GCUCCGGCGCGUUUAGCAGCCCGGCUGCUGCCCCUCCCCCACUCAGACGCGGCUGCGGCCAGCGUUCCGGGCGUCUGGCUCGCUUCUAGCUGGAGCCUCAUCCAGGAACGCUACCAAAUCUCCCCGUCAUAUCUCCAGUCAUAACUCCGCCCUCUGCCAGCCAUGGCCGUCGCAGACGACAAUACAGCGCCCAAGUCGAGUCACGUCUCUGACCCAGCCCUUGCGCCAUUCCUCCAGUCAAGCUUCGACCCCGCCGACUACCUCAAUGCCACACUACCUUCGCUCUCACUGAGCGGGCGGCCAGCCAAGGGCACCUCGGCCUCACUAGCGGACCUCUCCUCGCAGACUCAGGACUUGUUUUCACAGCUCAAUGCGCAGACCACACGCCUUUCGGCUAUCCUCACCCAGUUGACCGACGAUAUACUGCGCAGUGGAGGGAGGCUAGCCUACGAGAUCGAAGUGCUGCGUGGAGAAACCACUGGACUUACAGAUGUGCUAAAAGAUGGGUUGAAAGACGACGUCAGCAAGUUCCUACCAGGUGGACUGUCUCUGAAAACAGAAACUCCAGAUCGAGACUCCAGUAGAAGGCUAUCAGAGAUCCAAAACCCAGAUGUCAGCGCUGCAGCAGACUCAUCACAAGAUGCCACACAACAACUACUCCCAACAACCACCGACACGACUCCAGACUACAUAACCUCCCUCCGCACCCUAACAAUCGUCCGAUCGCGCCUCGAGAACGUAAUCAAAGUCUUCGGCGAAGCCAUGCACUGGACGAUUCCACCCUCCGACAUCUCCCUUGGCUCCUCUCUAAUCAGCGUCUCCGCGCCCGAGCCCGGCAGUGACAACGCCUCGCUCGAGCAACGCGGCAAAGAGUUCGCGUCCGCUCUGCGCUCCGAGAUCGCUGACCUAGUAACCGGCGACCCAGAACAAGGGCCCGCGAAGGCAGAGGCCAGGAUCCAGGCGCUGCGUGAUCUGGCGGUGGUGUGGAAGGGCACAGCGGAGGAGAAGGCAAGGGGGAGGUUUGUGGAGGGGUUGGUUAAGGUGGCGGAGGAUAAGCAGAGGGAGGUGGAGAAGGAGAAGGAGAGGAGUAAAGGGAGGGGAGGAAGGAGUGUGAGUGUUGCCAAGCCGCAGCAGGCGCCGGUGAAGGAGCAGGGGAGAGGUGGGUUUUUGGAUAAUCUGAGUAGAAUACGCGGGUUUGUUGAGUAG